CUGUUCAGUAUCACAACUUGACUUGUCUAAAAUGUAAACAAGCUCUUUGCUGUUGCACAUACUAUGCACUGUGAAUUCUGAAACGUUUUUUUUACUGUGAUUUUUUUAUGGGUGCUUUGGUGUACAUAAAUGUAUGAAUUAUAUGAAAUCAUAUCAUUUGGUUAUUUGGUGUCCUUUUUUGGACAUCUAAAUUUACCUUGAAAAUAGCUGAAAAAUACAGUUUUGUGAAAAUCACACUUCAUUCUGAUGGUUUACUUUGCUGGAUAUAGGCAAUGAUGGCAAAAUAGACGUGUUAAAAAAGAUAAAUGGUCUAUGCUUAAUUUCAAGAUAAGUUUGCGAUUAAUCGCAAUUAAAAAACCGUGCAGCAGGUCUAUCAAUAUAUUUAUAUAUUCUGUUUCAAUUAUCUAUUCAUUAUCCAGGCAUAUAUGCUUUAUUUAUUGAAAUUAAACUGCAUGUUUCCAUUGAUUGUAAAGUUAGACACAGAAAACAGUAGAUCAAGCACAGACGGCUGCAUGUUUGCAGAGUGCUGGUGAUUCUUGGCUUGAUAUCACAUUUUCUGUGGUGUUUGAACUUUUGUUUAACCCUUGUGUUGUGUUGAAAAAUAAUCGCCCUACAAAAUAUAGCUUAUAAAUCACACGUCAUGCUAUAUUAUCUCCAAAAAUUAGGUUCAAUCUUUUUGUCAACUCGUUUUCUUUCAAUUAGGACUGAUUUCUUUUUCAAACGGAUUAAUCGUGUUCCCAGUCAAAAAUGCGACAGGACCUGUAUUUUGAAAUGCUUUUAUUUUGAAAAGAGGUGCAAAGUAACACUUGUGCUAUUCCCUGUCAAAUCUGACCAUUGUGACAUACAAGAAAGAACACAUUAAUGCUGUCAUAUAGAGAACAUUUCAUGGACAAUACCAAUAUUGUCAUAUUUCAGUAAGCUAUAUUUUCUAAUUAGGAAGAAAACAAAUCAAUGACCACCUGGCUAUGUCUGUCAAAUCUGGCCAAUGUGACAAACAAAAAAGAACACACUGACUCUGUCACACAAAGAAAAUUUCAUGGAGCAACAAUACCAAACUGUUCAUAUUCUUUACAUUUUCCUAAUUAAGAAAAAGCAACAAACACUGGAUCUUAGUGUGAACUUAUGCAAUGAUCAAUGAUCUGAUGAAGAACAUCAUGCACAGAGAGCUUCUUCGCUGUUGUGCUGCCACAAAAUGAAUGAUUUAUAUGUGUCUGUGCUAUAACAUCUACAGUAUAUUUGUAAAUUUUCGUCUGCUUCUUUGUGAGAACAUUAAAGUCCCAAAACACAAUGUCAUAAUAUUUUGUCUGGUAGCUGUGACAAAGAACAUGAAGAUUCUUUUGAAGCAGGGUCACUGCAGACUAAAGACAGUUCGCACAUACAUGUAUCUGUGUGUGUGUGUGUGUGUGUAUGUGUGUGUUUGAAUGUGGUAAUGUCAGAUGGAUGAAUAGAUAUUAGAUCAGGGUAGGAUAAAAUCUCUGUGAAGAAGAAUGUGUGUAAUACUCAAAUAGUUUGCGUCUAUUAACAUGUGUGUGUAACAGACGUAGGCCAGUAAGAGCUGUGCAUGUAAACCUCACUCCCCUGAACUCAAGAGGUGCUCUAGCGACUGAUGGUAGAGACUGCGGCCUUUAGUCUCCUUGUUAGAGCGCCCGCCUCCCAUGCUGGUGGACCCGGGUUUGAGUCCUGCUUAGAGCAGGCAGUUUGAACAGGAGGGGUUACAUAUGCACGUAUCCACGCAUGCACAGGUCAAAAGGAGCUAUGUUUGUAAGCACAUGUACAUAUGUGAAAAUGAUGAACAUUUUUUCUCUUAUUUUUAGUCCCAUUAAUUAUCAGUCCUUUUUUGACCAAGAACACCACAAGUGUAACUUUGUGCCAUUUUGUACAAAACAAAAGCAUUUCGACCCAAAUUCCCUGAUUAAAAAAUAAAGACAGACAAAAAAUUUUCCACAUUGUCUAUGUGGCGAGGGGGGCGUGGUUCAGCGGAGUCGGCAGCGGGAGAGAGAGUCAGGAGACGAACGGUGAGUGAGUGGGUUAAAUGCAAAUGACGAACACCUGUCUCUUGUUUCAGUAAUUGGUGUGGAGAGAGUAUAUAACACCAGGAGAAACGGGAGUGGGAGAGAGAGAGACGGACUACUGACUGCUGCCCCGCUGGAGAUGUCUUUGUGAGAGAAUUGUGAAUGAUUUAUGACCGCUUUGUGCCUGUCUGCACCCCUUUUGUUUUUGUAUUUGGAGAAUUAGUGCAAAUAAAAGCAGUCAGUAGUCAAGCCGACCCUGUCCUCUUCCUUCCUGAAUCCUGAACCUUGCUACACUGGUGCCGAAACCCGGGAAGGAAGACGGAAGCCGCCGCCAUGCAAUCGUCCUCCGGAUCGCCAUUUGCGGAGAUUAUUACCUCCCUCGCGGUCAUGCAACAAGAACAACACCAGGCCCUGCUAGACUUGAGACAGGAUCAAGAGAGGUGCUUCCAAGUCGUUGUUCAAGCCCAGCAGGAGGACCGCGAGAGGUUCCGGAGCUGGAUUGACCGGGAGGUUCGACCGGAAGCCCUGGAACCUCGAGCUGUGCCCGCCCACCUACCACUCAACAAAAUGGGAUCUGAGGACGACCCGGAGGUAUUCAUCGACCUUUUUCAGAAGACGGCCGAGCUGUCGGGCUGGCCGCGGGACCAGUGGCCGAUGCGCCUGGUCCCGUUGCUCUCCGGGGAGUCCCAGAUAGCGGCACAGCAGCUUCCGGUGCAGAAUCUCCUGGUCUUCGACGACCUGAAAAGGGCCAUCCUCCAGCGGGUCGGCCGGAGCCCUGAAGAACAUCGCCAGCGGUUCCGUUCCCUGGAACUGGGCGAGUCCGGCCGACCGUUCGUGUUGGCCCAACAGCUCCGGGACUCCUGCCGCAAAUGGCUGUUGGCUGAGGGAAGCGACGUGGAGAAGAUUGUCGAUCGAGUGGUACUGGAGCAGUUCAUUACUCGGCUCCCACGGAGGACAGCCGAGUGGGUCCAGUGCCACCGCCCCAAGUCACUGGACUCAGCCAUCCACCUCGCGGAGGACCAUAUGGUGGCGUGCCCAGGGGUCGGCGAACCCCUCCCAUCUGUCUCUCUCUCUCCUUCUUCCCCUUCUGUUCCUCUCUCUCGUCCUGUCCCUCUCCCCAGGUCCCGCCCACCUGUCCAUCCUCGAGUCCCGCCCCGGGGGUGGGGCGGGUUUGACCAGAGCCAGUUUGGGGGUCCCAGAACCCCGCCCAGGAGGGCGGGACUGACUUCCGCUGGACAGGACCCCGCUCCUGUUUCUCCGCUUUCUCCACGCCAAUCAUUUACCCCACUCCCUGCCACUGGGGCGGCGGGGAGGUCUGGGCCAGCCUGUUGGCGUUGCGGGGACCCGGAGCAUUUCGUGGACAGGUGCCCAGUGAUGGAGGUUGGGACAAUGGUCCGGGUCCCGGACGCCCCGCAGGCUGCCCCCGGUCAAGCUGGCUGGUAUCAAAUACCUACAGACGCGUCGGACAGGGGGCUGGGUGCCGUCCUGUCCCAGGAGAUAGAGGGGGAGGAACGGCCGGUGCUGUACAUUAGUCGGAAGCUCUCGAAGAGAGAGACUAAGUACAGCACCAUAGAAAAGGAGUGUCUUGCCAUCAGGUGGGCCGUCCUCACCCUCCGCAAUUAUCUCCUGGGACGGGAAUUCACCCUCUGUUCGGACCAUGCCCCCCUGCAGUGGCUCCACCGCAUGAAGGAUACCAACGCGCGGAUCACUCGUUGGUAUCUAGCUUUACAGCCUUUUAAGUUCAAAGUGGUCCACAGGCCGGGUGCUCAGAUGGCUGUGGCCGACUUCCUCUCCAGAAAUGGGGGGGGGGGGGCUGCAGGCCGGAUGGCUCCCCGGCCUGAGUCGGGCGGUGGGGGUAUGUGGCGAGGGGGGCGUGGUUCAGCGGAGUCGGCAGCAGGAGAGAGAGUCAGGAGACGAACGGUGAGUGAGUGGGUUAAAUGCAAAUGACGAACACCUGUCUCUUGUUUCAGUAAUUGGUGUGGAGAGAGUAUAUAACACCAGGAGAAACAGGAGUGGGAGAGAGAGAGACGGACUACUGACUGCUGCCCCGCUGGAGAUGUCUUUGUGAGAGAAUUGUGAAUGAUUUAUGACCGCUUUGUGCCUGUCUGCACCCCUUUUGUUUUUGUAUUUGGAGAAUUAGUGCAAAUAAAAGCAGUCAGUAGUCAAGCCGACCCUGUCCUCUUCCUUCCUGAAUCCUGAACCUUGCUACAGUCUAGUGUUAGAUGACCGGUACUUUUAGCUAACUUAGAUUUAGACGUUCAUACUGCUGGUGAACACGCACCCUGCAUCAGCUAACGUGUGAGGUUGCUCCUGCACAUACGUCAUCAUGUGACAGGAAGCUCACAUUGCAGACUGCUGAGAAUAUAUUAGAAUGGACGUCCCUUAUAUUGGGCCUAAUUGAUUUGUCCCGUACAUGACCUCCCUUAUUGACGGCUACGCUGAUCUAACCACUGGUGACACAACAGCAGCAGUGCUGAUCAUGACACUU